CACUAUCACCGCCGAGGAAGUCGGCGAACACAUCAUCCAAGUCCUGGUAAACGGCCAGCACAUCAAUGGAUCGCCCUUCAGAUCGCAAGCGUAUAAUGCUCGAGCUAUACAAGUUGAGAGUAUCCCGAACGGAGUGGUGAACCAGCCGGUAGAAUUCGAAAUUGACGGAUCGAGAGCCGGGUCGGGAAACUUGGAGAUCCUUGUGAACGGAGGACACGUUACAAGUUUCGUGAGAGCGCUAGGUAGUCAACGUUUCCUGGCGUCGUUUGUGCCACACGAAGCGGUUACGCACUUGGUCGAGAUGACAUUCAACGGGGAAGUCAUCCCUGGUUCACCUUGGCGAGUUGGUAUUAUGCCUGCACCGAAGAUGUCAGUGAUAGGUGAUUCAAUCAGGCUGGUUCCUGCUGGUAGUCCCGCUAUCUUUGAGCUGUCUGCAUUAGGCUUCAGCAGCAGCGAGAUUGAUGUCAAGAUUAUAACACCCUCGAAGAGACACAUUUCCGCGAGAAUUGAUGAAGAGCCAGGACGAUCCGGCGAAUUUCGUGUCGAGUUUACGCCAACUGAAGUAGGCAGCCAUCUCGUGGAAGUGAGCAUCGCGGGACAAAAGCUACCGGCAGGACCGCUCGUCGCCAAGGUGUACAAUAGUAGUCUGAUUCAAGUUACUGAUGUACCUAGUGCCGUAGUUGGCCAUGCCUGUCAAUUCAGAGUGGAUGCCAGCGCUGCGGGAGAAGGCCAACUAGAAAUCUCUAUAAAUGAGGGAGAAGUGCCUAAUCAUGUUCAAGUAGUGGGUGGUGGCCGUUGCCUCGUAUCUUUCACCCCUGAAAUUGCUAAGCCUCACUAUAUCGAUAUAAAGUUUAAUGGAGAAGCAGUACGUGGAUGUCCCUUUGUUUGCAAUGUGUCAGACACAAGCAGAGUCACACUGAGUAUGAAUCAUUUAGAACUAAUUCCAGUCAAUCAUUCUGCCAGUUUCCACAUGGGAGUUGAUGGAAGUGGUAGUGCAGAGCUAGCGGUUUCCGUAAGGGGACCAAACAGCGAAUUGCCAGUUAAAGUUACUGGUGACAUAAGUAACGGUUUCACCGCCGAAUUUAUACCAAGGGACGUGGGUGUACAUUCAAUUAGUGUAGAAUAUAACGGUUAUCCCGUGAAUGGCACGCCGUUUCUAGCCAAGGCGUUCAAUGCGGAUAAUGUGCUAAUUGGACCUGUAGCUAGAGGCAGUGUUGGUCAACCAACCCACUUUACUGUUGAUGCGAGUCAAGCUGGUGAAGGAAAUCUAGAGAUUACGAUAUCGGCUCGCGGCCAAAAUAUACCGACGCAAGUAACGCCGCAAGGAAACGCGCGGUUUUCCGUUAGUUUUGUACCGUUUGAAGCGUCUGAGCACGUUAUCAAUAUAGCCUUCAAUAAGAAAACUGUGCCUGGUUGCCCUAUAAUGACACGUGUGGGUGGCGACAGCCACGUAACCGUAAGUGGGCAGGCACUGAGCAGCGCUGGAUUAGGACGGCAAAGUUAUCUAACUGUCAGUAAUGUUGCCGGUAGCUUGGAAGACUUAGAAGUUAAUGUUGAAGGGCCCAAUGGACAGGCCGUACCUGCUCAGGUCACCGACAACAAAGACACGACGUGCAGCGUGGCGUUUACACCAAGAGUCGUCGGCGAGCACCGAAUAUCGGUGAACUACCGGAAUAUCCCGGUGGCCGGCAGUCCAUUCAGCUGUAAAGUAUACGAUGUCGCUGCGAUUAAAGUGAAGGAUGCCAAGCGCGGUGUCAUCGGAUUGCCGGUAACUUUCUUGGUCGAGACCAGUCAGGCGGGACCGGGUAAUCUAGAAGUCACUGUCAACGGCGGACGAGUACCGACGUCGGCUCAGGCGCAGGGUCCUCACACGUACGCGAUCUCAUUCACACCUCGAGAACCGAUCGUGCACACGGUGGACUUGCGAUUUAACGGGGAGGAUGUGCCUGGUAGCCCGUUUACUUGUCAGGUCAGCGAUACGGCAAAAGUGUUAAUAACCGAGGGACUUGAGAAAGUAUCUGUGAAUCGCGUCGCGACCUUUACAAUAGAAGCCGAUGCGUCUCUCGGUACGCCAGUCGUCGAAGUGCUCUCACCUACUAGAGAGAGUUUACCUGUACAUAUCAAGCAGAACAGUCACGUCUAUACCGCCGGAUUUACUCCAAAGGAUGUUGGUGAUCACAGCGUCGAAGUGAAGCUCAGUGGAUCGCAUGUGGAAGGCAGUCCGUUUCUUGUCAAGGCUUACAAUGCUGAUAAAGUCAAAGUGACGGAUAUAAAUAGUGGGGUCGUUGGCAAACCAGUGUUCUUUAGCAUCAACGCCAGUCAAGCUGGAGCUGGAAAUUUAGAAAUUAUAGUGGCAGUAAACGGCAAGAAUGUUCCGAAUUACGUGCAAAGCGAGGGUAAUGCAAAGUUUAGGGUCAAUUUUAAGCCACAAGAAGCCGCUGUGCAUAGUCUCAGUGUCCGUUUCAAUGGAGAGCCAGUUCCAGGUUCGCCGUUCAGCUGUAAAGUAGUAGGUGCCGGUCAAGCAAUAAUUUCUGGUCACAAUCUGAAGAUGGGUGCAGUGAAACGACUGAUGUCUUUCACUGUAGAUCCGCAGACUCCGUCCACGAAUUGCGACGUUAUCGCAACCCCACCGUCGGGCAUCGCUCUGCCUAUCACUAUCGAGCCCAUCGACGGCAAGUACAAUGUGAGCUUCGUGCCCACCGAAGUCGGCAGGCACAACAUCAGCGUCCUGAUAGACGGCGAAUCGAUUAAAGGCUCUCCGUUCGCUUGCAAUAUUUACGAUGUGACUAAGGUGCACGUGUCCGGUCUCACGGAAGCAUUACUGGGUCAGGCAACCACAUUUACCGUCGACGCCGCGGAAGCCGGCGAGGGAACGCUAGAACUGGUCGUGAGUACAGAGAACAACACCGUUAAAGCCGAGGUGGUGGCCUGCGCACGUGGAUUGUAUGACGUUACAUUCGUGCCACAGACAACAAGUGCGCACUACGUUAAUAUCAGUUUCAAUGACGACAACGUGCCAGGGAGUCCAUUUAAAUGUCCCGUGGUUAGCAGCAUGUUACAUGGUCCAUCGAUGAUCCGAAUCGGUAAUACAGCUUACAUAGAUCUGGAUAUGUCUGACUUGAAUGGUCCUAUAUCAGCGGAAGUUACUGGUCCGGACGGAAUAAUUAUUCCUUCCACGUUAACAAAGUUAUCAUCCAGUUUAUAUCGCGUGGAAGUUCGAACUCGACAGGUGGGAACAUACAGUAUAAUAUUCAAUGACGGGCACAAAAUGGUCAGUUCGCAAACGCUUCAAGCUUUCGAUCCCGGCAAAGUUGUCAUCAAAGAAAUAGCAGACGCGGUUUGUCAUCGACCUGGAACUAUUUUAGUUAUUGCGUCGAAGGAGGCUGGUCCCGGAAAAUUAUCGGUCAACGUACGUGCGGGCGGUGCGGAUGUCGAUAGUUUGGUGAGAGAAGGGGAGAACGGUGUUUACGAGAUCAUAUUCCAUCCGACACGCGCCGCGCCUCACAAAGUUCACAUAAAAUACAACGAGGUCCAUAUUCCUGGUAGUCCAUUGGAUGUGACGGUACGUGGUCCUACUGGAGGACGGGAAGUGACGGCGACAGGUUUGGGUCUGUAUCAGUCAUGUGUCGGGAAAGUAACAUCUUUCACUAUCGAAACUCUGGGACGUCCUGGCAAGGAGUUCGACGUCGUUAUCAGCGGUCCGCAGGGUAACGCCGUACCCGUACGUUGUUAUCAGCAUCGCGACGGCAAUCUACUCGCCGAAUUUACAACGAAUAGCGUCGGCACAUACAAAAUCGAUGUGCUUCACGGUGCAAAACCAGUGUUGGGUUCGCCAUUCUUUUGCCAAGCUUUUGACGCUGCCAAGGUUAAACUUCAAGAAUUAGGUCCCAUGACGAUUUCAGUUCACGAUCACAUUGCAUUUAAAUUGAUGAAAGUCGACGCCGGCAUGGCUGAUUUGGACGUGACGGCGACGAGUCCGUCAGGCCAGGAGAUCCCGCUGCAAGUCACUCCGCUCAACGACGGCGCCGAGAUGAUCGAGUUCUCGCCCAGUGUGCCCGGCACCUAUAUGAUCAACGUCAUUUACGGCGGAUGCUCCGUACCUGGAAGUCCAGUGAUAUGCACCGUCGAUGCGGCCGGGCAAGCUCGCGCAAAAGGUGAAGGAUUGCUGAGCGGUCACGUGGGUAAACCGGCGCAUUUUAUCAUCACCGGCACGAGAAGUCCUCCAGCGGUUUAGGUGGAUGGACCGGACAGUGUUUCUAAAGCUACCAUUGAAGCGGGCGCUAAUCCGGGUACGUGGAAUGUGUCUUAUGUACCAUCUGAGAUCGGAAUGUUUGACGUGAGAGUCGUCUGCGCCGGACAGCAACUGCCGGGAUCCCCGUGGCAUCCGAAGAUCAUAGACACACGGAAUCUUCGUGUUAUCGGUGGCUGGUCCGCUGUAUGCGACGACAUCGGACGAUUGAAACUGCAUCCCUCGAAUAAAAUCAGCUUCGACACCGCGGAGGCUGGACCCGGUGAGAUCAACGGAACUAUCGGCGAUCAUCCUCUCACUUUCGAAAUGACAUCUAGCAACAGACUAAAACUCGUUCCGCCGCAGAUAAGCGGCGGCGAACACCGCCUGGAGAUAUUGUUCAACGGUACACCGUUUCCCGGUGCACCAAAACUCGCGGUCGUGCAGGACUUGGAGCCACCAGUACAGGAUUCAAGUCGAGUGUUGCUCAAAGGACGAGGAUUGACAUCGGCCAAAUGCGGCGAAGAAGUCAGUUUCACCAUAGAUGGUUCUCAAGCCGGUAACGGGACUCCGAAAGUACAACUGUUUUCGCCUACCAACGAACUUAACGUUAUGUUGCAACAUCUAGGUGACAGCGUUUAUCGCGCAAGUUAUAUACCAUUAACGCCGGAUCCGCUCUUGAUGACGGUAUCGUGGAACGGAAGGCAACUAAAGGGCUGUCCAUUGCAAAUUAACGUUACGAGCGCGGCCGACGCGUCUAGGGUUAUCUGUUCCGGAGAUGGAUUGAAGCACGGGAUCGUCGGGCAAGAGAUACGAAGUUUCAUCGAUACUAGAAGAGCUGGACCAGGUGAGUUAACGGCGCAUUGCGUCGGGCCACAUAAAGUAGCAUACUGCGAGCUGUACGAUCACGGCGAUGCCACUUUCACGUUGAACGUGAAACCACAAGAAGCGGGUCGACACGCACUAACGAUUAAAUACGCUGGAGAACACGUUCCCGGUUCUCCGUUUACGUUGCGCGUCUCUGGAGCUCCGGAUGCUUCAAAGGUUCGCGUUUAUGGACCGGGAAUCGAACACGGUGUGCUGGCGACGUUCCAGUCGCGAUUUAUUUGCGACACGCGUGGCGCCGGCGCUGGUCAGCUCACGGUGAGAGUACGAGGACCUAAGGGAGCGUUCAGGGUGGAGAUGCAACGGGAGACUCAAAAAGACCGGAUCAUUCUCUGUCGAUAUGAUCCGACGGAACCCGGGGACUACAGAGUGGAAGUUCGUUGGGCUGGUGUCUUGGUGCCAGGCUCUCCGUUCCCCGUUAAAAUUGUCGACACACAGGACGAAUUGCUAAUGCUUACUCAGGGCGGAGAUAAUUAUUCGACGGGCCAUCAUACUAUCACAUCGUGGCGUGGAUCGCAAGCUAUAUUGUAGAAAUGCCGCGGCUAACAAACAUUGUUAUUAUUUUGUAUGAACUAAUAUAUAUUUGAUAAUAUAUGUGGUAAUUAUUGUAACUUAUGCAAACGUUUGCAAUAAACUUUCAACAUUCCAUUUAAA